AUGGCAGGUGGUCUUCUCGUGACUUCGUUCGAUGAAGGCAGACAAUCGACAUACAUCUGCCCUAUCAUCUCUGGACUACAUCCACGGUUCCGGGCCUAUAUGUCUCUCGGCGUUACAUUAGAUACCUUGAUUCUAAUCGGUGCUGCUGAGCUUUGUCGGGAGGGUAACAGAUCCCGGGAUGGAAGGAAAAAGCAAGCGUUGGUUUCUUGGGGCUACAGCUUUCUUGGGGUAGCUGUGAUCUGUACAAUCGCGGCGUUCAUCCUCAGAAAGGUGGCGCCUGGUGAUGGCGGCUUUGUCAACUCCCAUUAUUUACGAAGCGCAGCAGGCCAAGGCAUAUUAGUUGCUUUUACAGUACUGUCCGCAUUCCAACUAAUGCCCUUUUACGGUGCGGUUGGGAUCUCUAUAUUGGCAGGCUCGGUAUCCAUUAAUUUCAUGCUGGCCUCGGCCUUAUUCAACGGCCAGGCUUUCCCACUGAUACUCGCCUCUCGUGCUUUUGCUGCACUACUUCUUACCUUCCUGGGUGUGAUGCUAUAUCUCUAUGGCCAAACGGCUUCCGAAGAGGAACCUCAGUCCCUUUACGGGUUCAACGUGUUCAUGCGGAUAUUCUUCUCAGUCAUAUUUGGUAUUGUGUUGAUUCUGGUCGCUCACCAACCCAGUGUAGCCAAUGUACACCCAAUCGACCUACUUAUUUAUGAGGGUAGACAGCAUCAUGAUCGCUGGAAAUCCAGCGCCAACGGCAGCAAGAAUCUGGCAGGAGCUGUUGCCCAGUACCGAGCGAGAUACAAUCAACAUCCACCACCAGGCUUCGACAAAUGGUAUGAGUAUGCCACUAGUAGAUCAUCUGUUGUCAUUGAUGAGUUCGAUCAGAUAUACGACAAUCUACUGCCAUUUCGUGCCUUGCCGCCGGAAAAGAUUAGGGAAUUGACUCACCAACUUGCCACAAACCCUUACAACGACAUUGGCGCAAUCAGUAUACGUAAUGGGACAGCAAGAGUUCAAGAGGGUAUCAAGCCAACACAUGCCUGGAUGGUUAUCGGUGCUGCUAAGAUAAUUGAGAAAUUCUCUGAGCACCUCCCCGACAUGGACUUAGCCUUCAAUUUAAACGACGAGCCACGAGUUUCUGUGCCCUGGGAGAAGAUGUCUGUUUUGAGGGCUCAAGCCAGAUCUCAAGCACCUCCUCCUAGUGAGGGUUUAACAAAUGGGUGGUCGAGCGACCGGAGUAAAGGAUGGGCGCCUAUUGAGCCGGCAGAUCAGACGACAGAGACCAUGUUCACGGACAGCUCCUUUGUGAAUAUAUUUGAUCGCUAUGUAGGCGCUCUUUGUCCUCACUCGUCAAAGGCUCGAUCUCGACGAAUGUGGGACCGACACCACAUAUGCAUAGGCUGUAUUCGACCCCACUCCAUGGGACAAUUUCCUUCGAACUGGACGGUGGCUACUGAUAUAUGCCACCAACCUGACCUUGCAUCCUUUCACGGAUUCUUUGUGUCGCCUGCAUCAUUCAAGGUCACCCAAGAUCUUGCCCCAGUAUUUAGCCAGAGCACAAUUUCUGGAUUUGGCGACAUCAUUUUCCCUAGUCCGUGGAACUACGUGGAUAAGAUAAAAUACGAGCCUUCUGAAGAGCACCCGGAUCUGGACUAUGUGGAAAAAGAAAACCGCCUUUUUUGGAUUGGCGGCACGUCGGAAGGCGUGAGUCGCGACGGUCAAUGGCAAGGAAUGCCGCGUCAACGCCUGACACAUUUAGUUAACAACAACACAUAUAACAAGGUUUCAGUGCUGUUGCCUGCAGACAACCCUGGUACAUAUUCAUAUCAGAUUCUAGAUGGCUUGGCUCCCACAGAGAAGCUCGGCUUGAAUGCUUCUGUCCACGUUACCGACCCGAUCGUGCGCUGCAGAAAGGACUGCGAAGACCAAAAGCAGGAGCUAGGCACAGCAGGUCGGGUCGACUUUCAAAGUCACUGGAAUUAUCGCUUUCUCUUUGAUGCGGACGGUGCUGGCUUUAGCGGCCGAUUUCUUCCCUUCCUGCAAAGUCACAGCCUGCCAUUCAAAACCGGCCUAUUUCGACAGUGGUUCGACUCACGGGUCACAGCUUGGCUACAUUUUGUCCCCAUCGAUUAUUUACUGGGGCUAAAUGCAUAA